AUGGAACCGAUCUUCUUCGCACUCAGCAUGUUUUGCUUUGAAUUCAGUGUCAAUGCAACAAUCAAGUCAAAGAAGUCGUACACAAUCGAUGCAUGGGCGCCCGACGAGAGACAACUUGGCAUGAACUCCAAAAAGGCGCGUUUGGGAAAUCCAGCUUCUUCGUCCAAAGUGACAAACUUGGUGUAUGUCUUCCAUCCGAUCACGCAAUUCCCCGGCAAUCUGCACCAGAAGAACUUCAGUGCACUCACGAGCACAAACUCGUCUGCCCUUUUUGCCGCGGACUUGAUGAUUUGCUCGUCUGCCAGGUUUGCAUGGUCAAAUAUCUCCUUUAGAAAAGCCUUCAAUUUUGAAUCGUGUUGCUGGGGCCUAAACGGGAGCAACAGGUACGGUGUUUUUGUUCCUUUGCGUUUGAUUUCCGAGGUGAUGAUGUGGAUCACGUCUUUCACGUCUUUACGCUGA